AUGUCCGCCAAAUCCUUCCGCCAACUCGUCGGCGCCGGCCCCUCGACCGCCUCCCCCUCCGACUCAACCCUCAUCAUCAUCGAUGCGCAGAACGAAUACGCCGAAGGCGCCCUCAAAGUUACCGACGCUCCCUCCACGCGCAAAGCCAUUUCCUCCCUGCUCGAAAGGUACCGCUCCGGCGGCGGGAAAGUCGUGCACGUCAAGCACUCUGUGCCCGAGGGCGCACCGGUCUUCACACCCAAGACGAAUCUCGCGGAGGAGUUUGAGGAGUUGACGCCGAAGGGGAAUGAGAAGGUGAUUGAGAAGAUCCAUCCAAGCAGUUUCGCGGAUACGACGUUGCAUGAUUAUUUGAGAGGCGAUGGGGGGAAGAAGAUUGUGUUGGUUGGGUAUAUGGCCCACGUCUGCGUCUCAACCACCGCUCGCGAUGCCGCGAGACUCGGGUAUGAUGUCCUAAUCGCUGAAGAUGCUGUCGGUGAUCGCGAUAUUCCUGGUGCGAGUGGUGCGGAGGUCACGAAGAUGGUUAUGCAUGAGCUGGGCGAUGCGUUUGCGACGAUUGUGCAGAGUAGCGAGAUCAAGUAA